AGUUUGGCUCCUCGAAGUUUCAGUGACGGGGGCAUCACUGCAGCGCACUGAAGGGAAAGAAAGAAGAACAGAAGGGAAAAGAAAGAAGAGAGGUGCCCCAUCCAUCCAUCCAUCCAUCUAUCUAUCCAUCCACCGAAUUUUCCCUGCAGGACUUCAUGAACGUAUGGCUGCAUGAGAGGCUCUGAGCUCUCGCGCUUUCUCUCUCCGGGACUGUUGGGUUACUGGUGCGGUCCUGAAAUCAAGCAGUUGUCAUAAUAAUAUAUAAACCAAAACUCUUCGCGCGUCAGGACGGACGCAGGUGGUCAUGGAUACACCUAUCAGAUGGAAAGUAAAGCGGAGGUUUAAGGAGGUGCGGCUGUCGGUACUCCUAGUAUUCCUGAUGUUUGUCACCUCACGAGUCAGCGCAGCUGAGCCAGCCGAUCUCCUAAAAAUUUUAGAUUUUCACAGUUUACCAGACGGUGUAACGAAAACUACAGGAUUCUGCACACACCGGAAGUCAUCGAAAGGGCCUGAUGUCGCUUACAGAGUCACAAAAGAUGCACAGCUUAGCGCACCUACUAAACAACUGUACCCCUCAUCCAUGUUUCCGGAGGACUUCUCCAUCUUGGCGACGGUGAGGCCAAAGAAAGGCAGUCAGUCGUUCCUGCUGUCAGUGUAUAAUGAGCAGGGCAUCCAGCAGCUGGGUUUGGAAGUGGGACGUUCUCCUGUAUUCCUGUAUGAGGAUCACAUGGGCAAACCUGGGCCAGAGGACUACCCGCUUUUCAGAGGAAUCAACCUGGCAGACGGAAAAUGGCACCGUGUAGCGAUCAGCGUUCACAAACAGAGCAUCACUCUGAUUUUGGACUGUAAGAAAAAAGUGACGCGGACACUCUCCAGAAGCCCUCAUCCCAUCAUCGACACCAAAGGCAUCGUGGUCUUCGGGACGCGGAUCCUGGAUGAAGAGGUGUUUGAGGGUGAUAUCCAGCAGCUGAUGAUCAUAUCGGACCACCGAGCUGCGUUUGACUACUGUGAGCAUUACAGCCCAGACUGUGAGGUUUCUGCGCCCGAACAGCCCCAGAACCAAGACCCAAACACUGAUCAAUCUAACCCAGAGGAGGAUAACUAUUAUUACGAAUACCCCUACUAUGAGGACAUGGACUCGGAAAAGACUGAAGAAACGAUAACUGAUGAAACCACUGGAACCGAAACCGAAGUAUCUGUUCCGGACAGCAGUCGCGUCAUCACCUCUGUUAUCAGCAGUGGAUCAGGAGGCUCCAGCAGAUUAUCCAGCGGCUCUUCGUCAUCCUCUUCAUCAUCAUCAUCAUCUUCAUCAUCCUCCUCAUCCUCUUCGUCCUCCAGCUCCACCACGGCCACCGGUGAGGACCGGUAUGAUGGAUAUGAUGGAUACGAUACCGGAUAUGAAACCUAUUAUGACGAGUCGACCUCAAGCCCCGACGGCUCCCGGACCAUCACCAUCACCAGCACCGGCACUGGAUCAGCUGGAGAAGUGGAUCUGGGACUGGAAGAAGUGGACCUUGGAUUGAGUAAAAUAGAUCUGGACCGACGAAUCAUCACUUCUUCAUCUUCAUCAUCUGGAGGAGGAGGAGGAGGUACAGUGCACUCCACCACCACCAUCAUCCGAAACGGAACCUCCGGAUCGGGAUCCAGCACCAGAAUCAUCAGCAGCUCUGGAUCCGGAUCUGGAUCCAGUUCCAGGAUCAGUAUCGGCUCCGGAUCCAGCUCUGGGGGCAGUACAGGAUCCAGUUCCAGCUCCAGUUCCAGCUCUAGUUCCAGCUCCAGCUCUACCUCAGUUGGUGGUGGCGGCGGUUAUGAUGAUGCCCAGUAUGGUGAGAGUUAUGAUCUGUCCUAUGGCGAGGGAUACGGAGAAGGAUACGGAGAGGGAGAUUAUACUGUAGGAGGAGGCAGCAGCAGCUCCAGCACCUCAGUGUCCGUCGGAGGUGGUUCUGUAUCUGUUGGGGGCGGUUCUGUGUCUGUUGGGGGCGGAUCUGUGUCCAUCGGAGGCGGAUCUGUUUCCGUUGGAGGCGGGUCUGUUUCUUCAAGUGGCUCCAUUGGGGGCGGAACCAGUAGCGCAGGGGCUAGUGCGGGGGCAGGGUCUGUUGCCACGGGUGGACAGGGAGGCAUCGGUGGAGAAGCAGAAUCAAUCGAUAUCGACAAAUUUAAGGAGGAGUCCAUCACGGAUUACACCGACGCUGAACUGGAGAAGAUGUACGAUUACGAUGAUCUGUACACCGAUGGAGAUAAAGCACUUCCCGCUGAGACUGAUGAAAUCUAUGGACAGGUGGAUGGUCUGAGAGGAGAGAAAGGGCAGAAAGGCGAGCCGGCCAUCGUUGAACCCGGAAUGCUGAUGGAGGGUCCGUCCGGUCCUGAGGGUCCAACGGGUCUCCCCGGACCUCCAGGUUCAACGGGACCCCCAGGUAGCGCUGGAGAGCCCGGUGAGAGGGGUCUUCCUGGUCGUGCUGGUCUGCCUGGAGCUGAUGGUCUUCCCGGACCUCCAGGGACCGUCCUGAUGCUGCCUUUCCGCAUGAGCACAGGGGGAGACGGAGGACAGAAAGGCCCUGCUGUUUCUGCUCAAGAGGCUCAGAUGCAAGCCAUCAUGCAGCAGGCCAGGCUGGCCAUGAGGGGUCCAACCGGACCGAUGGGUUUGACAGGCCGUCCUGGUCCUCUGGGUCCUCCUGGUGUGUCUGGACUGAAAGGAGAGUCAGGAGAAUCGGGACCUCAGGGUCCUCGUGGUCCAAUGGGAUCCGCAGGCCCUACUGGAAAGCCUGGUAGAAGGGGUCGACCCGGCUCUGAUGGAGCCAGAGGGAUGCCUGGACAGACGGGAUCCAAGGGAGAUCGAGGAUUUGAUGGUCUCGCUGGGUUGCCCGGUGAAAAGGGUCACAGGGGUGAGACGGGUCCCCAGGGUCCACCAGGGCCUUCAGGAGAAGAUGGAGAAAGAGGUGACGAUGGUGAGGUCGGACCCCGAGGCCUGCCUGGAGAACCGGGUCCUCGUGGUGUUUUGGGCCCCAAAGGUCCUCAAGGGCCUCCAGGACCUCCUGGUGUGACUGGUAUGGACGGACAUCCAGGACCUAAAGGAAACAUUGGUCCUCAAGGUGAACCUGGUCCUCCUGGACAGCAAGGCAACCCCGGAGCUCAGGGGCUUAAUGGUCCUCAGGGAGCGAUCGGACCUCCAGGAGAAAAGGGUCCCACUGGAAAACCAGGCUUGCCGGGAAUGCCAGGAGCCGAUGGGCCUCCGGGCCACCCAGGAAAAGAAGGGCCAUCAGGAGAGAAAGGAAACUUGGGACCUCAUGGUCCUCAAGGGCCGAUUGGUUAUCCUGGGCCUCGAGGUGUGAAGGGUGCUGAUGGAGUCCGCGGGCUGAAAGGAAACAAGGGUGAAAAGGGAGAAGACGGAUUCCCAGGAUUUAAGGGAGAUAUGGGCGUUAAAGGGGACAAGGGAGAGCUUGGUGCUGCGGGACCCCGAGGUGAGGAUGGACCUGAGGGACCUAAAGGCAGAUCCGGUUUGCCUGGAGAUCCUGGACCACUGGGACCCUUAGGAGAGAAGGGUAAGCUCGGUGUACCCGGACUGCCAGGUUAUCCAGGCCGGCAAGGACCCAAGGGCUCUCAAGGAUUUCAGGGAUUCCAGGGCACCAGUGGAGAGAAAGGCACUAGGGGGACAGCAGGAAAGCCGGGCCCGCGAGGACAAAGAGGACCAACGGGACCCCGUGGUGAAAGAGGGCCAAGGGGACCUACAGGGAAAGCAGGACCAAAGGGCAACUCUGGAAGCGAUGGCCCCCCAGGACCACCCGGUGAACGGGGUCUGUUGGGACCACAAGGACCAGCUGGAUUCCCCGGCCCUAAGGGUCCACCUGGACCUCCUGGUAAAGAUGGACUGCCCGGACACCCUGGUCAGAGAGGAGAGACUGUAGGGUUACGGGUUCCAGGAAAAACUGGACCUCCCGGACGCCCAGGUGUAGUCGGACCUCAGGGACCAACAGGUGAGACAGGACCGAUGGGAGAGCGAGGUCACCCUGGACCCCCGGGACCACCCGGUGAACAGGGUCUACCUGGAGCUGCAGGGAAAGAGGGAGCAAAGGGAGAUCCAGGUCCAGCAGGACCUUCAGGUAAAGACGGACCUCCAGGACUCAGAGGUUUUCCAGGAGAGAGAGGUUUACCUGGCCCUGUAGGAUCAGCAGGUUUGAAAGGGAAUGAAGGACCCCCGGGGCCUCCUGGACCCGCUGGCUCUCCUGGUGAACGUGGUCCUGCAGGCCCAGCUGGUCCUACUGGCAUCCCAGGCCGACCUGGACCUCAAGGACCCCCAGGACCUGCCGGAGAGAAAGAACCUCAAGGGCCAGCCGGUAGAGAUGGCAUUCAGGGACCUGUAGGACUUCCAGGCCCAGCCGGACCCAUUGGACCCCCAGGAGAGGAUGGUGAUAAGGUACAGGAGAAAAUAAAGCGUGCACUGCUGUGUGUUUGUGUUCAGCUCUCGUAUGUGGACGCGGAGGGCAAUGCCAUCGGUGUGGUGCAGAUGACGUUCCUGCGUUUGCUCAGUGCCACGGCUCGCCAGAACCUCACCUACAACUGCUACCAGUCUGUGGCCUGGCACGAUCAGGACCAGGACUCUUACGAUAAAGCCAUCCGCUUCCUGGGCUCCAAUGACGAGGAGAUGUCUUACGAUAAUAACCCGUACAUCAGAGCCGUAGUUGACGGCUGCGCGUUGAAAAAGGGCUAUGAAAAGACUAUUCUUGAGAUCAACACACCGAAAGUGGAGCAGGUACCGUUUGUUGACAUUAUGUUCAACGAUUUCGGCGGAGCGACGCAGAAGUUCGGCUUCGAGGUCGGACCGGCCUGCUUCAUCGGUUAAGACUGCUCAAAAACAAAACAUAUUCAUCUUCUCCAAACCAAAACAAAACACAAGAAAGAAAUAGGACGACUUAUUUGUAAAGUUUUUGUGUUUCCAAACAAACCCAACCCACACCAAAGUAAGAAAUUUGAAGAAAGAGCGGAUGUCUAAAACAAUGGGUUCGUAAAGCAACCUUUUUAACCUCAGUGUACCCUCUGCAUCACAUGCAAGUUUUGAAACUGGAUGAGGUCGUCGCUCGUGUCUCUCCAAGCCCCGCCCACUUUACUCUUCACCCCUCCCACAGGCUGUAUAGACAGAUUAGAUCCCUCUUGGAUUUGUAGCUCAACGCGUGUCUGGUUCUCACAUCGAGAAAGCCUUUCAGUUGGUUUGUUUGCUUGGGUUUACGUUGUUCCUUUUUCCACUUUAAGCUUUGUGCAUACUUGUCUUCCGUUCCCUGGAAUGGUGAUUAUAUAUAUAAAUAUAUAUAAAUAUUUUUUUCUAUGUUUGUAAGUACUUUCUGUAUAUUUUUUUUCUUUGGUGAAAUGUUUUUUUUUCUGGCUUCAAAACAUGCAUGUGAACCCAUUGAGCGAUAAGGACAGAGCUUCCGGUUAUUGGAAUAAACAAAAAAGAAAUAAAAUUCCCUCAAAAAAUAAAAGAACUUUCUGUGAAUCUGAGGAAAAGAAAAUAAGGUGCAGCAACAACCAAAUGCUUAGCAGAUUGCAGAUAAGCCAAUGUCUUUUUGUAACAAGAUGACAAUAAAAGUAGGAAUCAGCCGUAACGCGAACGUUCAUUUGCUAGCUGUCAUGUUGCAGCGGCUGGACUGACGUUGAUGAAUCAGUGUUUCCCUGUAUCAGAAGAGCACACAGAGGAAACACGACAUCCCCAAACUAGGUGCUAUUUCCUUCUGUCUGUGGUGCUACAAAUAUAUACCUUUUUUUUCCUGAAAUUGUUUGUUGUAAUUAAAUACAGCUCUGCGGUGAUGCAAAAGCGGCUCUUCUGUCAAAAAAAAAAAAGUCUUAGCUUAUGCAUGCCAUAAAAUCAUAUUCACUUAUAGAUGAGAACAGCUUGUGUUUUUCUUCCUCUUUGACUAUGUCCUGCUAAUUUAUGUUCUUCCCAGACUUUACAUUACAAUGUUCAUAUCACACUCUAUUGCGUACUUUAUUUGAAGUGGUUAAACAGAGCACAAUUUCUGUUAAUGCUGUGGUGAUUUUCACGUAACAGUGAUGGCUGAUUUCGACGCACUGCUUCAUGAAGCUUCGAAACCUUUACCUUUCCAUUCGGUGGUUUGAAGCACAUUGGUCAUGUCAUUUCAAUAAACGCGGCUUCAUUAGGUCAUUACUGUUUCAAAAUGUUUAGAAAACUCAAUGGUUUUUAGUUUGGGGCGAUCUGUGUAACAACAUAAAAUCCACAAGAAUCAUGCUGGUUCACUUAGCUCGCCCUCAAAUUGCGAAUCAUUGAACAGGUUUCAUUGGUUUCACCUGAGCUCAGAUCAGUUUUACAUGUUUGAAAUGAGGCUUUCGAAUGAAAACAAGUAACAUUAGUUCAUAGUUUAGCACAAAUAAUGGAACAAACAAUAUAGAGCUUGAAAAAAAACUAUAUUCAGGCAUUUAAUAUUUAAUCAUAUUAGCAUUUGAUUGGUUGUACUUUUAAUUUGACUACAAAACCAGUCAAAAAUGUCAAUUUUUGGAAAUUUUGAGAUUUAUACGUUAACUAAAAGUUCAAGAACUAACUUUUCAUUGAUUUAUACUUUGGCUGGGUCAAAAAAAAAAAAAUCCAAACUCUGUCCCAAUUAAGUCUUUAGCAAUGCAUAUGGACCCUUUUCACAUUUCUGGGAUUCUUAGCAGUGGAAGUCGCCAUAGUUGGGUAAACUUAAAACGCAGUAAAUAGGAGAGAACAACAAGUCAUUUUACAAUCCUAUAUGCUGAAAUAAUAAAAGAAAAACUCCACGAUGGUGUUAUCAAGACUUUCAGAACAAAGAAAGAAAAAAAUAGAUAACAGCAGCCAGAAGAAAGAACAACGUCAAAUUUACUGUCCUACACUCAAAUGCCUCACAUAAACGGUAAUUUGAUGCAAAGAUUAAAUAAUACAUACAUAAAUGCAUACAGUAUAAAUGUUCAUAUGUUUUUGUUUUUUUAUCUAAACAUUAAAAACCUUCGAUGAUUUAAGAUGCUGAUGACAAUGAAAAAUGACUUGUGAAAAGGGUCUUUUACUAAUUGAAUUCACAGUAUAUUUAUAUCUUUACAGGACAUAAUCUUAAUAUUAACAGGUUUCAUUGAUUUCACCUGAUCUCAGAUCAGUUACUUUACAUGUUUGUAAUGAGGCUUUAGAAUGAAAAUGAUUAUUAGUUUAUUAGUAUAUUAGUUUAGCACAAACAAAUGGAACAAACAAUAUAGAGCUUGAAAAAUAAAAAAGCAUAAUAUUCAGGCAUGUAAUAUUGAAUUAUGUUAGCAUUUGAUUGGUUAUACUUUCAAUUUGACGUGUUUAAAUGAGCCAAUUCAUCUAUAUUUGGAUGAGCAGGUGCUGUUUUAAACGUUUAAAACCAGUGAAUCAUUUUGCAAAGCAACUGGUUCAAAAGUUCAGAAGCUUUGUAAAGCUUCGUUUCUCCCAUCACUAGCGUAACAUGGAUCUGUAAUGUAAAGCGUUACACUAGUCAAGCUGUGUUUUAACAUACUAAAACUUUUACCAUUUCAAACCGCUCUGCAGAAUUAGCUCGAGACCUUUUCAUUUGAUCUUUUUUAAGAGGUAUGUGUGAUGGCAUCUGAACCAAAACGCUUAAAAGCAAUGAAUAGUUAACUCGAGCAUCUUCCGACCAAAGAGAUUUCUCUUAAUCCAAGAGACUUGAAGAUCAAGGAUCAGAUGGUCUUGUGUGAUUAUUCACUAGAAACUUGGCUAGCAUUUCUUCCUUCACCUGUCAGGAUUGUUUGUCGUUGACUGGAGCCAUCUUGUUGCCACUAAAUGUUUUCCCCUGCACUCUUUUGUUCCGCUUUUGACCACUACAUCUGCUAUUGCACAAUCUUGAGCUCCACUUUUGAAAUUAAAGAUGACUUGAACUGAUUCAACAUGGAAUUAUGCAGUUGACGCAAUUUUAUGAUCGUACGCUACGAAUUUCAACCGAUUCUUCUGUAUAUUUUAAAACCAGCAGUGAUGCUGCCAAUAAAGUUGAUUCUGUUUUGUUUUUUCGUCUUUGUAAUGUUUGUUUGUUAUUUUGCGCUCGUGUCGAACCUGUGUACAAGCAGAUAGAAGAGAUUUGUGUCAAUAAAUUGGAGUUUACUGUGUCCACCCACCCUUGUAUGUCUUUUGAAGCAUUAAAACUUUCCUGUAUGCAUGAAAUUGUUAAGCUUUCUCUUGAUGUUUCUUCCCACAGCCACAUUCUUUUUGAUUGUUUUUGUCUUUUUAAUCGGCGCUAUGAAACGUCCUCGCAGUGCUCGGAUGAAAACAGGCCUGUCCUUCAUUGUGAAAUGGAGAGAGCGAGCGAUGUCUGUUGUAACUCUCUACCAAAGCCCAUGUUCCUUUGUAGUAUAUUUAUUGUAUUAUUUAAAAAUAAUAAAUGUUAAUUGAUACCA